GGAAGUGAGAGGAACAUAAAAGUUUUCCAAAACGAGAGGACUGAGUGAACGGCAUCGGGCGACCGGGGCCGGGGCUCCUUGUUGAUCCGGUGUAAAUAUGACAUCUCUGUUCGGUUCUGCUCGCGCUCUGAACGCUGAUCUGAUCAAAGACAACCCGGGGUAAUAGAAAAAUACUCCAGGGACCUCAACACACACACACACACACACACACACACACACACACACACACACACACACACACACACACCACAGAGCGCGCGGCACAGCACAAACCAAUCCAGCAUGACAGCGCGAGCAGCAGCGGAGGAGCUCACCACAGACGGGCAACAGACCUCUUCAUCAGCAUGAGAUGAGGUCUAGAGACUUGUUAAUAAAGUUGUAUCGGUCAUUGAUUUAUCCAGCCACACUUCUACGGCCGCUCGGUCGGCACCUUCAGCAGAGGAGCACCAAAUAUAAGACAGAAGAAGACGCACGGUGCUGGGAACUACUGUACUUGUGAAUAGAAGACGCACGGUGCACUCCUGCCAGGGGAAAGUUGUGCGCAGCACCGGGGCUGGGGGAUAACUAUUUGGAGACGGACAGACGACGCACUGCGAGGACAACACGCGGUGUUGUGUGUAUUAGAGUGUGUGUGUGUGUCUAGUUGGAGUGUGCAUUGUAGUGAGGGAGUGUGUGUGUGUGUGUGUGUGUGUGUGUGUGUGUGUGUAGUUGAAGCGAUUAAAAGGUGUUUAAUCCUGGAACACGCAGCAGCGGGAUCGGCUUCUGUUUCACCUGGAACCCGCGAGUCAAGAAGACAACUCAGGGUAGUGUGAGGUGACUCUGCGAGGGAAAGGCGUGCUCCCCCGGGGGGUAGGAGCGAUGAGCGCCCUGCGUAUCCCGGUCCUACUGGCGCUGCUGGUCCUACUGCUGACUGCUGGCUUCUGCAAACAGAGUUUCCUGGACGUGAGCAAAGGGGCGCGGACGGACGGACACAACCUCCUGGAGCUCAUCAUGGACAAGGUGCGUCUGACUCGGCAACAGGACCAGGUACACGUCCGUUACCCCGCCAAAAAACAGGAGUUCACCUUGGAGACCAAGGAGGGGAAUGAAGUGAACAAGUCUCACCAUGGAGAACACAUCAUAGAGGUGUUCCCCAGAGACCUGAGACAAAAAGAAAAGUUCCUCAAACACCUAACAGGUCCUCUAUUCUUUAAUCCAAGGUGCAGGAAACACUUCUAUAGACUAUACCACAACACCAGAGACUGUACCAUCCCUGCCUACUAUAAGAGGUGUGCCCGUCUUCUCACCAGACUGGCAGGCAGUCAGAGGUGUACAGAGAGGUAGAAUACCCUGAGCCCGUGACAGAGAGAAGUGCCUUGAAAAGCAACGGGGAAUUGAGAUUGUUGGUUACGUUCGCACCACAGACUGCCACUGUUUGCAGAGAGCUCCCACAAUACUCUACUCUACAUUCUAAAUGGUGCAAAUGAAGAGACUUGUUGGACAGAAGAAAAUACAUCCUCAUAGUUCUACUGCCAAAAACCAUGACGACACAACACGUGGAUAUGAGUUUGGAUACUAGUUUACGACACGUGGAUACUAGUUUGGACACUAGUUUACGACACUUGGAUUAUAUUUUUCGUACAACAUGCCACUCUCUGGGACAGCUUCAGUGGUCAUCGACAUGCCUUCACGUUUUAAUUUGAGUUUUUAAUCAUUUUGCUUUUGGAUUACGGUUGGAGAUUGGACGGUGGUCUCUGAGCUGUGGUGGUUGUGUGUUGUGGGCAAUGGCUUCAGACUGAAAUAUAGACAGAUCUUCUCUUCAGCUACAUUCCACAAAGGUGAACUAAUCUAAUCCCCAAUGAAGUGACCUAUUGAUCGCCUGGUGGUAAUCUACACCCUGAUGGAAUGGUAGCUGGUAGCCUGGUGGUAAUCUAAACCCUGAUGGAAUGGUAGCUGGUAGCCUGGUGGUAAUCUAAACCCUGAUGGAAUGGUAGCUGGUAGCCUGGUGGUAAUCUACACCCUGAUGGAAUGGUAGCUGGUAGCCUGGUGGUAAUCUAAACCCUGAU